AUGCUUAUUCUUGUUCUUGGACUUUUACUUUCUUUAUUUUCAUCAAAUGUCUUUGCUCAGGCACCAAUUACUAUACAGCUGAACAACUCUCAGAUCAUAUCGCUAUCAAUUGACUCGGGAGAUCUACAACAUUUCUAUUUUCCCGUCGAAACUGCAACAAUUCUUGCUUUGUCAACCAUUCAUGAUUCUUUUACAAAGAGGGAUAUUUCACCGAUUUACUUGACGCUUACCAGCUGCAGCCAGCCAACCCCUCCAGACAACUAUCAAGGUCAAGUGCCUUCUCUGGAUGUCUUUUUGUCAUUGAGCAACGAUAAUACACUUCCCGGUCCAAGCAAUGGGAUACCUGUUAACGGGUCAUUUGGAGGAAGAACUUCAUGGGAAGGAGAUUCUACAUUUCCGAAAGUAUGGAUCGGUGUAGUAGCUCCGACUCUAAACGAUCAUUGGACUGGAAGCUGGACAUUCGAGAUUGGCAUAUCUACUCAACAAUGGAUGCACCCUCCUUUAUUGACUGGCUCUCUUGGUGAGCCCGCUAUGGUUCUAGACGACACCGAUACUACUCAUGCACUCUUCCUUACUUCUCCUUACGAAUCAUCGACAGCUCCUAACGUGUCGCUUCUCUUAGCCGGACAUGUACCGACAGAACUCAUGUAUUCUCUUUGUGCCAUCAAACCUUACCAGAUUACAAAUUUUAGUCUCAACACUACCCUGACUAGCCGUGGACCUAGUGUAGCAGCACGGCAGCAACUCUAUGUUUCAGGUCUAACCGGGGACGCUGUAUAUAUUGCAUAUCUCUUGGAAACACAGAACGGACAAAUGACGUUUGGACCUCCUAUAGAAAUCCAGACAAAAUCACCAGGCAAGCAUACACAUGUCUACCCAGAAAACAAAGAUCGACUAACCAGCCCACGUGUUCCCGUAGGAGCUACGAUUGGUCUUGAUACAUCAGAAAUUGCUAGUAACUAUGAUACUCAAGCAAAAGCAACGUUUGAUCCUUUUGGAACUGCUCUGUCACAGUUUAACUGUGAAAAAACACAGUAUUCUCUUGUGCGCAACUGUAACGAUUGUUAUAUGGAUUACAAGCGUUGGCUUUGCUCAGUCACAAUUCCUCGCUGUACUUCUGCUCUAUCUUCUGUACCUGGAACACAAGCCAGCGGACAAUUCCCGGCAGUAUCUGUCAGAUCAAUUCCUACAAACCGAUCCCGAAAUCCUUGGAUUGAUCAGAAUAUGACACCUGGUCCAUGGGUCGAAUUACUUCCAUGCAUUGAUCUGUGUUAUCGGGUUGUUCAGAGCUGCCCUCCAUUUUUACAAUUUAAUUGUCCUAUUGGGGAUCUUGCUAUGUACCAGUAUGGCUAUUGGCAAAACGGAGAACUCAGUGCAAAUGAUACAACUUUCACAUAUGAUGUUAAUCACCCAACAUGUAAUCGCAACGGACUAGAUACCACACUUUUGGUUAUUAGUGAAGCUAUAAAUAUAAAGGUAUCAGGAUCUCUGGCUUUUAUAGGUUUAUUCUGGAUGAUCUGGUGGAAUAUAUAA